AUGGCUUUUGCUAGCUACGCUGCAGUGUUCAGGUCACUCCUUUUGGUGCUGGUUCUAGCACUCACCGUAAGGAGCUCGCCUCACGGGAGGGUAGCUCAUCCUCGACCCAACAAGCACAGUGGCUCUGAGAGGCUUAAUGAAGACUGCCAGAAGGAUCCCAAAUUCCCUACAACGGUGAAAGUUGACAUUCGCAUCAGCCGUUCAGAUUCUGCCUUUAAGAUAAUCCAUGAUGUCAGGAACCGGUCUCUCGCUCCCUGGGAUUACAGGCUCGACGAGGACCCCAACCGCUUCCCCCAGGUGAUCGCUGAUGCCAAGUGCCGCCUCUCCGGCUGUGUGAACACACUGGGACAGGAGGACCACAGCCUCAACUCCGUCCCCAUCAAACAGGAGAUUCUCGUCCUCCGCCGGGAGCAUCAGGGCUGCCCGCCAACCUACCGCCUGGAGAAGAAACUCAUCACGGUGGGAUGCACGUGUGCUGCUCCGGUCGUCCGCUACCAGUCCUAGGAGGAAUUAGCAGUGGGUGCAGCACUGGGAAGAAGAGGUCUCUCCUAUGAACACCUUGCAGGAGGAAUCCCAGGUACCCA